CGAUAUUCGUCUUAUCAGCCUGGGAAUGCAACUUCGACAGAUUGUUGCUCCAUGAGAUUGCUACUAAAUCUCACCAAACGACCUCUUGAUAUCGCACUUGGGGUGAAACCUAACUCUCCCGCAAUCCUCUUGAAACAAUCCACAACUUCGUAACACCAACGAACCAUGGCUACUAUCUAUAAGACGGGUGAGGAUGCUCGACUUGCGUGCCGCUCCGGUACCUUCGCCUCAACUACAGCCGGUCAAGCCCCAACAUAUCUCCAAGCGAACCUCAUUGUUCUUCCACGACGCUACGCCGAUGACUUCCGUCUCCUCUGCCACCGCAACCCAGUACCAUGCCCCCUCCUCGCAGAGUCGUCAAGUCCAGGGGACUUCAAGAAGCUCAAGUCCUACGUUAGAUCGCCUGACGGUGACAAGAUUCUACCGGUAGCCACAAACAUCGAUCUGCGCCACGACUCACCACGAUACCGUGUCUAUGAGGAUAGCAAGCACGUCCCAGUCAACGGCGUAUGGGAACCCGUAGACGUGGAAGACAAGUGGCUUGACGGUGACCACGUAGGCUUCUUGAUCGGAUGCUCCUUCAGCUUCGAGAGGGCUCUCAAUGAGUCUGGACUCACGCCACGACACAUGACGCAUGACCGCAACGUGCCCAUGUAUCGUACCAACAUCCCACUCUGCGCGGCUGGUGUCUUCAAGGCGGCGACAUAUGUAGUUUCUAUGAGGCCGUAUAAGGUGUCGGAGAUUGAGAAAGUGAGAGAUAUCACCAGGCCUUUUGUGGCGACACACGGGGAGCCGAUCGCGUGGGGAUGGGAUGGGGCCGAGAGGAUCGGGGUAGCGGAUAUCACGAAGCCUCACUGGGGCGAUCCAGCGCUGCAGAUGGACGGGAAAACUGUGUUCGGGCAUGACGAUCCGGAGUAUGUGCCCGUCUUCUGGGGGUGCGGGGUCACGCCACAAGAGGCUGUGAUGAGAGCCGAUAUCAAGGGCACAGUCAUGGGACACGCACCUGGGCAUAUGGUCAUCAUGGAUGUAAGAGAAGAUGAAAUCUUUCCCGUCUCAUAGGUAUGAAGAUGUAUUAGCAUAGGAUCAUGAGUCUUCUAGAAAACCCUUCAUGUUGAUACUCGAA